AUGGAAAAAUUCGGGAUCCCCGAUGAUCUCCUUAAUUUUUUCACCGCCUUUCUUCACAACCGCACCGCACAUGUUAAAGUCAAUAAUUAUAUCUCUCCUAAUUAUUUUAAGGUUUCUUCAGGUGUUCUUCAAGGGACUGUAACUGGUCCCCUUCUAUUUUUGAUCUACAUCAACGAUGUUCUGAAAGAAGUGGAUGAUGAGGUUGAGGCAACCGUUUUCGCGGACGAUGUCAAAAUCUCUAGCAGUAAUCCCGAAAAACUCAAUUAA